AUGGCUCCUUCUCGAAAGCUUCGCGACAAGGAGAUACCAUCAAUUAUCAUGUCAGUUCUUUUGGAGACCAGUGAAGGCGACAUUGUCAUCGAUCUUCUGGUCGACCAUGCACCCAAACUUUGCGAAAACUUUCUAAAGCUCUGCAAGGUCAAAUACUAUAACUUCUCACCUGUCCAUUCUGUCCAGAAGAACUUCUCUUUCCAAACUGGCGAUCCUCUCGGCCCUCUUUCCAAAGAAUCCGAUGGCGGCUCUUCAAUAUGGGGUCACCUAUCCGGCGACCCGGCGAAACGAACAUUCCCAGCCUUCUUCCACCCAAAGUUGAAACAUUUGGAGCGAGGAACAGUCAGCAUGGCUACGGCGCCCCUUCAGUCCGAUCCUGAUACACGUGUGGCUGGAUCUCAGUUCAUUGUCACAUUAGGCGAAGACACGGACUAUUUGGAUGGAAGGGCAGCGGUCUUUGGAAAGGUCGUCGAAGGCUUCGAAGUGCUGGACAAGAUCAAUGAGGCGAUUGUGGACGAGAAGGGCUACCCACUUAUUGACAUUCGAAUCAAGCAUACGGUUAUUCUGGACGAUCCCUACCCUGACCCGCCUGGCUUGAGGGAGCCGAGCUCGAGUCCCCCUCCGACCGCCCAGCAGUUGAAGACUGUUCGAAUCGAAGAUGAGGCAGCAUUACACGCAGAUGACGGUGUCGAUGAGGAAGAGCUGGAAAGGAGGCGUCGCAAUCGCGAGGCACAGGCGCAAGCUCUCACUCUGGAAAUGAUGGGAGAUUUGCCAUUUGCAGAGGUGAAACCUCCCGAGAACGUUUUAUUCGUCUGCAAACUGAACCCCGUGACUGGCGACGAAGAUCUGGAGCUCAUCUUUGGCCGUUUCGGCAAGAUUUUGAGUUGCGAAGUUAUUAGAGACCAAAAGACUGGCGACAGUUUACAAUAUGCAUUCAUCGAAUUCGAAGACAAGGCGUCAUGCGAGGCAGCCUAUUUUAAGAUGCAGGACGUUCUCAUCGACGAUCGCCGCAUUCAUGUGGACUUCUCUCAGAGUGUCAGCAAACUAAGCGAUGUGUGGCGAAAGGAUACCAAUACCAAGCGAAGGGCGACUGCUCAUCGAGGUGGAUGGGGAGGUGUCGAUGAGCUCGAAAAGCGCCGACAAUACCGGGAUGAGGGAGAAAAGAUUACGGGUGGUAAUUAUAGAAUGGUUCACGGCGAAGAGGACAUGAAAGACCCCAUGAUAAUGAAGGGCCAUCACGUCGACGAAGCCGGAGUCGGAGUCCACGGCCAAGAGAUCGAAGCCGGGAUCGAUAUCGCAAACCACGAGAUGACCGUCAAGGCGACCGGCGCGAUAGAGAUCAUGAUAGAAACCGAUAUCGGGACCGUGGCCAUGACCGUCGAGACCGAGACAGAGAACCUCGUUGAAUUCAAUGCUUUACUUCGUGAUAUGCAAACACCAACUUCCUCUCAUCUCACAUACGGUCCUUCACCGGAGCAUCCGCCCCAAGCAACGGAAGACAAUGUGGACUACUCAGUUGAGCACGCACUGAACACUGUCUACGCAUGA